AAAAUAAAAAUCUGAGGAUUGAAGAAGUUUCUUCAUUUACCAACAAUUUCCCUUGAACACUGAACAAAGAGAGUUGUUGGAAAAACAUGGGUAAUCGUUUUAUUUGCAUGAUAAAGAAGGAACCCAAAGAUGUUGGAUCGAGAAGCAAGAGAAUGGGUAGAUCACAGAGGAAGUUGGUGACUGAGGAAGAACUUCAUCUGCAAGCACUCUCUAUGGCACUUCAACAGCAUCAAUUGUCUCAGAGAUUUGAAGGGUCCAUGUCUAGGAGAAUUGGUUCAACAAGCUCUAGAAGGCGCAAUUUAUCUGAGUCAUUCUCAGCCAACAAACAGUCAUAUCCUGUGCAGAUUCCAGAAUUACUGGAGAAUAUUAAAACGAAGAAAUUUGUUUUAAUCCAUGGAGAAGGUUUUGGAGCAUGGUGUUGGUACAAGACUGUUGCCUUUCUAGAAGAAGCUGGACUGCUUCCUGUUGCUUUAGAUCUUACAGGUUCUGGAAUUGAUCUCACAGACACAAACAGCGUCACUACAUUGGCAGAGUAUUCAAAACCUUUAAUUAAUUAUCUUGAAAACCUUCCUGAGGAUGAAAAGGUUGUUCUUGUUGGUCAUAGCAUUGGUGGUGCUUGCGUUUCUUAUGCAUUGGAACAUUAUCCUCAAAAGAUCUCGAAAGCAAUUUUCCUUUGUGCUACAAUGGUGACUAAUGGCCAAAGACCUUUUGAUGUUUUUGCUGAUGAGCUUGGAUCUGCUGAACGUUUUAUGCAAGAAUCAAAGUUUUUGAUCCAUGGAAAUGGUCAAGAAAAGCCCCCGACAGGAUUUAUGUUUGAGAAAGAGCAGAUGAAAGGGUUAUAUUUUAACCUGUCCCCAGCAAAGGAUAUUGCUUUAGCCAUGGUUUCCAUGAGACAUAGCCCUCUUGGUCCUAUCAUGGAGAAGCUAUCUUUAUCUGCUGAAAAAUAUGGUACUGGUCGCCGGUUUUACAUUCAAACACUUGAUGAUCAUGCACUUUCACCAGAUGUCCAAGAGAAGCUAGUGAGGGAAAACCCACCUGAAGGUGUUUUCAAAAUCAAAGGCAGUGACCACUGUCCAUUCUUCUCCAAGCCACAAUCUCUCCACAAAAUUUUGGUGGAAAUAGCUCAAAUUGCAUAGCUUAAUGGUCAACAUGAUUUCUUUUAUCUUUCCAUCCCCUUAAGAUUACAAAAUGAAAAAGAGUUGAUAUGGCUUUGCAUUAUUGACCAUCAUACAGGUAGGCCCAAUUGGGAGAAGUAUCUUAUUUUUUAUAAUUAUGGAAUAUAAUAGAGAAAGGAACAUGAUUUCAUUGCCUUUAAGACAACAGUAUUAUAGUAAGUAGUAAAUGACUUCUGUAAGCCUCGGUUAUUAUUAUUAUUUUUCUCUC